CUCCCUUCCCCCUCCCACGCGCUCCUCUUUCCCGCCCUUUCUACCAUCCUGGCACUUCGCCCCAAGUCCACCAGGGGGCGCCCUCUGCCAAGGGAAGGGAACCACAGGCGCUUCCCCAUUGGCCCACUGGAGGGCGAACGUCACAUCUGACUCUCCAGAAGAGGCUGAAAAGGAAGUGACGUCACAAACGCUUGCCUCUCUAGGACUCCGCACUCGCUCUCCUUAAUCCCUGGGACCCCGGAGGAGGCGGAGAGGCUGCGGGAGAAUCUGGCGGAGGGACAUCCAGACGUGCCCCGGUUGAGAUACAGAAACUGGAAGCCAUUUGUGGUCUUUGCAAGGCAAACUUUUCUCUUGGGGGAGAAAAAAAGAGCGGAAUCACCUGCAGGGAUCAGUCCUGCGGCCCCAGAAAUGGUCCCGUGAAGGAAGAGGCAUCCGGAGACCCAGAAGAGUCCUUGGAGCCACUUGGAGUUGCUCUGCAGGAGAGAGAAAGGAUGGAGACACAACCUUUGGGAAAGGAGGGAGCUGGAAAAGGCCCUUCAGCUGCUCAGCCUGGGAAGUGGGGGAAGCUCUGGACAAGGACCUGGCAGAAGAUCCUGGAGGAGGAAACCAUCCUCCCUUCAGAAGUUCAGCCCUGGAACCUCAUCCAAUACCGUGAGUCGGAGUGUCCCCGAGGACUUUGCAGCCGACUCCAUGACUUUUGCAGGCGAUGGCUGAGACCAGAAAAGCACACCAAAGCCCAGAUGCUGGACCUGGUGGUUCUGGAGCAUCUCCUGGCUCUUCUGCCCUCAGAGAUGGAGAGCUGGGUGUGGGAGUGUGGAGCAGAGACCAGCUCCCAAGCGGUGGCCCUGGCUGAAGGCUUCCUCCUGAGCCAGGCGGAGGAGCAGAAGGAGCAGGUCCAGUUGCAGUGUUGCACUGUGGAGAUCAGAGAUCCUGAGGGAAAGAAGAACCCAUCAAAUCCCCCUCAGGACCUAUUUUUCUGGAAGAUCCCUUGGGAAGAUCCAAGUCAGGACCCCUCAGGAGAGAAACAAAGAACAAAAGUUUCUGGUUUUUAUGACGGAGAUCAAACAGCGGUUGACCCUCCAAAUCAAGAGAGUCUUGUGUCCUUCGAGGAGGUGGCUGUGUCUUUCUCUGAAGAAGAAUGGUCUCUUCUGGAUCCGGACCAGAAAGCGCUGCAUUCAGAAGUCAUGCUGGAAAACCAUAGGAACGUGGUCUCUCUGGGUAAUGAUGGGCAGGAGAAUCAAGAUUUCUGUGAACCGUUCCAAGUGAUCUAUGCUAAAGAUGGAACAGAGAAGUUUGGAAUUCGAAUGGAAUUAGGAAGCCAUGAGAGAAACCAGUCA